UCCCAGAGGGUUACAGUCCAAAAGGGGGGAAAACCCUCGCAGGAUGAUCGCAGCGCUUUGGGAGGUGUUCGCUUCUGAUUGGGGCAGGAAAAUAAGCCUUGACACACUCUAAGCCAAUGAGAUAGCGCGGGCUGCCCCUAUUAAGCGGCUGCAGUGCGCGUGUUUUUGUGUUGAUAGGCUUCGUUCUCCACCGGUUCCAUGGUCGUUUUCGCCUGUUGUAUCCACAGAGGUCUCUAGAGAUUCUACUGGAAGGGUGUUUCACUUCUAUGCAAGAGGACUUUCAAAAGUGUACACGGUUCAUCAUACGUCAGCUUUCCCAAGCCACGAUGUCUGCAUCAGCAAAUGCAAAAGGCUCACAGAAGCCCCGUUUUUUUGACUGGCUGGUUAAUCAAAUCGACAGUCGAGCAUAUGAUGGCUUAUACUGGCUGGAUGAGAAUUGUACCACCUUUCGCAUCCCUUGGAAACACAAGUCAAGAAAAAAUCUUGUGGCUGAUGAUUACAGGAUUUUCCAGGAGUGGGCUAGAGUUGGUGGAAAGUAUGAGGAAGGUUCAUGUGACCUAACCAGAUGGAAAACCAACUUCCGUAAUGCCUUGAUGAGUACGAAGAGGUUUGAAUUACUGAGAGACGUGAAAGAUCCUGAUCCUCAUCAUGUAUAUAAAAUCAUCCCUCUCAGUGCAGCACAAGAAGCUCUCCCUCCUAUUAAUUCAAACAGUGUGAGUGACCCUGCUGAUGAUCUGUUGCAAAUCAAACUUCACAGUGAAAGACUCCCAACUCGUCCCUGGCCUGCCCCUCUACCACAGCAGGAGGUAGAAGUUACUUUAGGAGCUCUGUCACUGGGGAAUCCAGGCCCAGUGCAAAAUGAAAAUACAUCUGAAAACUGCUAUCCAUGCACUUCUGAUACACUCAGAUGGGUUAUUGAGCAAACUAACCUGAAACUGACUGAAGCUCAGCAGAUCUCACUGGACCCUGCCCUAGCUGAAGACACUGACAAUCCUUUUGCUGCAUACGUACAAGACCAUUGUCAGACAGUCCCUCGUGUUGACCAAAGUAUUUGCCUGCCACCAGCAAAUGGAGUUCCGAAUCUGCCUGUGGAGAAUAGCUAUUAUGAACCCAUGUCCAUACCAAAUGUAAAUUCCCAGUCAUCGGUCACACUUGCACUGCAGUGUGCUCAACAAAAUGCCAUUCCUGGUCUAGAUCAAUUUAACAAUGUUGGGAAAGCACCGUGCAAUGACAACUGCUUCAUCCAAAACGUUUUUGUGGAUGACGAACCUCAAGGAAAUGGCAUGACAAUGAACAACACAGCUAGGAAUGACUAUCAAAUGACAGUAAACCAGCAAGCUAUAACAGAUCAGAACCUACUUGUGCCUCUUGAUGUCCCUUGUUCAGCAGAACAGCCCACCCUCAACACUGGUCCGUUGCAGAACAAUACAGCAACUGUCACCUCUCAUCUGAACAUCUCCAUCUACUACCGUGGGAAACCACUGCAUGAAACAGAAGUGAUGGUGAACAGCUGUAUGUUCACCUAUAACAAGCUUCAUGACUGUGGCCCUACUUUUGGCAACCCCCAGCUAAUACAAUUUCCAAACCCAGAGGAGCUUCCUGAUCAGAAACAAAUGAGGCAUACCUUGACCCUGCUGCAGAAUGCAGGCUUGCUGCUGUAUGAAAAGAACCAUAAGAUCUAUGCCAAACGACUGGAUAAAAGUAGAGUCUAUUGGGCAUUCUCUAAACAGCUGGAUAACAUGGGUCAGCAUUCACAAUUCAAUGGAGUACAGAAACUGGGACCUUUGAUUACAUGCUUGCGACGGGGUACAGAAACGGAGAUCUUUGACUACAAGCAGUUUUGGCAAGAACUGAAGGAUUUCCAUGAAAAUCGAAGAAAAAUCUCUCCUGACUACACUAUUUACCUGUGCUUUGGCCAGUGCAUCUCUGCAGCCAAGCCAAAAGAGUCCUUACUGAUCUUGGUGAAGUUGGUGCCCAAGAAGUGUAAAGAGUGGCAUGAAUUCGUGCUGAGGGAAGGAGCCUCAUCUUUAAGCAGUGACAUGAGCCUACACAUUUCUAACAGCCUGAUGGAUUGUAUAGAACACGAAUCACCAGAUGUAAGGCAGCUACCUGGAUGCUCUGUGCCCCGGCUUGUUCCUUGAUGCCUAUGGCUUAGGUUUGCAGCCUAUAUAAUGUUACAAUCAGCAUGCAUUAUCAGUUCUCACUAUUGUUGCCCUAACUAGAUUGCUUGGUGAAGUGGGGAAAUCUCCAAAUUGUAAUUUCUUAGAAGCAAAUUAGGAAGGAUUCUGGGGUGCUGUAGAUCCUUCUGGUAGGUUGAAGUUGUCUUCCACUGCACAGGUAUGAAAAACCCCUAUAGAGAUGUUUCUGCCUGUGAUUAAAGGUUAGUAGAAAGUGAUGCUAUAUACUCAGCAGUUUCAAACUAGCAAGCACUAAUUGCAGGAACAGGAAUGAUUACCUUUUCAGCAUCUUUGCUGUCUGUAUUGCUGCAUCUACCUGUAGCAGGAUAGCUGGAAUAUUCAGAAAUACUACAUGGUGAAGCUCUUCUAAAGUUUGUUCUAAGUGCAUCACAUAUCUCAGCAAAAAUUCUUUUCAGAGUUGGUCUCGUUUUAGGCUCUACCGUGAUUUUUCUUAAUGAGAAGGUAGUACAUAGUGCACUCCAACCCUAAGGCUCUUUUCUUGAAGAUUUGAAAAAGCUGAACAUUUUCCAGAAGUUGGAUACAGUGGUGAGUUUGGGUUUAGCGUCAAUAAGCACUUUAAAGUCCAUUAUAGGAGGAAUAAUAAAACAAUAGGGUUUUCCCCUUCAGAAAAAAGGUGGAUGAACAAAGACACUGUCAAGAAAGUUCUUGAAGCUGCUGCAGAUGCAGCCAUUAUUUUAUUCUAGUGUAUAGCAGUACAUGCUUUGUGUUGUAAAAAAAUAUUAUGCUGUUGAACUAAUGGAGUUUCCCUCUGCCCUCUUUUCCUUUAUUGUCACUGAGUGAGUGUCAGUGCAUGCAUGUAUGUACUGGUUACUUGUACAGCUAGAAGGAAAAGGAACUCAUAGUAAAUCCUAGCAAGUCCAAGAAAACUGUAGCCAACCUGGCCUGUGGUGGUGCGGAAGGGGAGAGAAUGGUUUUUCUCCUGGAAUGCUGACCUGGCAGCACAGUGCCCUGAACGGAGAAGCCUGUUUGAAUUCAGAAACUCCAUAUUGGGACUGGACAAGACUGUCUAAUGACCCCUCCCCCCACCUCAUGCCUGGCACUUACGCGGGAAACAGCAUUUGAAUAUGAACAACAGCACACCUGGGCGAAACCAGUUCUCUUUUGUCUAUAUUUCUUAAUAUUUCCUCUGACUCAUCCUCCUUGUGACCAUCUACGUUACAACACCCAUUAGGGGUCAUUACCUGUUUUGUCCAACACCUGGCAAAACCCAUCAACACACACACACACACACACACACACACACACACACACACACACACACACACACACACACACACUAAAUUUAUUUUAUCUGCUGGUUUCUUUUAGUGAGCUGAAACCCGUAUACACAGGCAGUAUGUAUCGAUCAAGCUACCCAGUGCUCCUUAAGCCACGCUAAGCAACUUUUGCUCUACAGCUAAUUUCCCCAACCAAAGAGGGUCGUUGCGUCUCACCAUUUUGGGUAACAGAACCUUCCCUGGAAGGUGUUUGUCUCUCCAUUCAGAACAUGCAAGGAGCUGAAACACUCCUCUCCACUGGAAAAGACUUAACUAUUGAUUCUUUAGCUAGUGCUCUGGAGUAUGCCACAUAUAUGUAGGUAUGGAAUCUUCAGUAUUUAGGAUGGUGUGGAAAUACAAACUACUCAGAGUUCUAUAGAAGAAAAUUCUGAAGGCCCUGACAAGUAAAAAAAACAGCCUUUGUGGGACUGAUCAUUAGCUAGUGUACAGAAAUAAUGGGUAAAUAAAUUGACAUUCUGUAA